CCUAAGCAUACCACCAUUUCUCUCUGUUCACAGCGGACUCACUCGACGCUAUGAACUUGUAUUUGUUGUAGAAAAGAAAAGAUGGUCGGAAACAAAACACUAGUGACUGAGCACUGCAUACGAUCCUAAUCCUCUUGACCCUCCAGCAUCACGGCGACUAAACGUGGCAUCUCGAGCAGCAGCAGUAGCACAACCACCACCACCACCACCACCAUCAUGGCUCUAUCCCCGUCAUCCGGGUCCCUCACUCACCUGGACCUACCUUCCUCACAAUCACCAUCCUCUUCUGGGCCACCCUCAGCGCGUCUUCUGAACCCGUCGACCAAUGCAAUCCCUUUACUCACAUCCCCUCUCGCCAAACGCUACAACCAUGUCCACACAGCCCUAGUCCCGACCUAUUUCUACCUCCGCGCCGGUUCUUUAGUCGCCGAUCCUCUACCAACUCUCAUCCAAGACCUCACGUUCGUGGCUCUGGCGCAGACAGCCGCCGUGGCUAUUUCCCUCCCCUCCGCCGGCAAUUGGCUCAGUGGCACCAAUGCCGGACGCAUCAUUGAGGGGACCGCUAGUUACGGUAAUUAUAGAAGUAGUAAGAGUGGGAAUACUGCUUCAGCAGCGAGUUUGAGAAAAAAAGGCACGAAUACAAGCAGUCAUAAGAGUAGUGAUCAUGGUAAUAAUGGAGGAAGUUGGCGAGGGAGAGCUAUGCCCACUCUAUUCUCACUGAUCCUCACAAUGACAUUACCACCCAUCCCAUUAACCGUGGUAGCUCUCGUCCUCGGAGCACCACUAUAUCCAUCAUCUCUCCUACCCCACACACUUGCUCUUGCAGCACACGUAUCACUACUGGGGUUUCUACCUCUAUUCUACUCGCACGGAGUAUCAGCACUAGCAUGGCGCGACAUCACCGCCGCAUGGCUCCCAUUUGACGAGGCCGGUGUCUGGGGCGGCACCGUCGGCGUCAUGGUUGGAGGCUGGAUCGGAGCCAUCCCUAUCGCCUUGGACUGGGAUCGCGAAUGGCAGAAAUGGCCAUGUACCGUGCUCUGGGGCUGUGUUCUGGGAUGGACGAUUGGAAGGGUGCUUACCAGUGUAUUGGGUCUUGGAGUGGGGAAGAGGAUUAACUUGAGUGAAAAGGAACAACCGUCACCAGGCGGGGCAGGAACUUCGUUGUCAGUUGUUGCUGGUACUCGAAGUGGUACAGAUGCAGAACUCCUCAUGACUACACCUGCGGCAAGUCCAAGUCCAGCGCCUGGCACACUGGCAAAAUCGUCCAAGUCAAGGACAAAGACAAAGACCACUUGACAGGAACACAUCUAUCUAUCGAUCGAUCGAUCGACUAGAAGCUACUUGAAAGCUGUAAUGGAAAGACAAAAGGGGUAGGUGUUAUUUGCUGGGCCAAAGACAUUUCCCACCACGCCACCCCAUGUGAGCUCCUCUCGAUCUAGACGUCUCUCUAAUCUCCAUAUACAUGGGGAUGAAAAUACAUGUAUAUAUUAGUUGUACAGCCGGGAAGGAUUGCAUCUAUUCAUUUUUGAACCGCAUUAGAUGUCUU